AUCAAGCAUCUAGGCAUGAAGACUGCUUCUACAAACAUUUGUGAAAGAAUGGGUCACUCUCAGGAGCUCAGUGAAUUCAAGUGUGGUACUGUGAUAAGUAGCUACCUGUGCAAUAAGUCCAUCUCUGAAAUGUCCUUGCUACUAAUUAAUCCGUGGUCAACUGUUAAUGAUAUUAUAACAAAGUGAAAGCAACUGGGAACUACAGCAACCCAGCCACGAAGUGGUAGGCCAUGUAAAAUGACAUAGCGGGGUCAGCGGAUGCUGCAGCACACUGUGCGCAGACGUUGCCAGCUGUCUAGAGAAUCAAUAGCUAAAUCCUCCAAACUUCAUGUGGCCUUCAGAUUAGCACAACAACAGAGCGUAGAGAGCUUCAUGGAAUGGGUUUCCAUGGCUGAGCAGCUGCAUCCAAGCCUUACAUCACCAAGUGCAAUGCAAAGUGUCAGAUGCUGCUACUGGACUCUAGAGCAGUGGAAACGAGAAUGGUACUUGCCUGACUGCAUUGUUCCAAGUAUAAAGUUU